GUCCCUUGCGGAGCCCGCCCUCGGGCCGGUCCCGCCCCGCGCGGGCUGCUGGCGCUCAGUUGUCAGCCCGACUUGCGCGGGACGGCGAGCAUCUCUCGUGUCCGAGGGGCACUGGCAAAGCCUGCGUGCGGCCUCACAGCCUCCUCCCUGGCCUGGGGCUGCAGUUCUGUUGGGGCGGGGCGUGCUUGGCUGGGUGGUUUGGUUAAAAACUGUUUCCCCUUUCUCUCCGGCACAUAAAUAAAACCGUGAUCACAGCACUAAGCCUCAGCCCCCACACGACAAAAUACUGAGCAGACACUCAAGCACGUGAAUGAUUUGCUCACCCAUCGACUUUAACAGCAUUGCUUAAUCCCUCAGCUUCUCUAUGGAGGAAAACUGGAUUUUCUGGUUUUUGAUUAUCUUUCUGAAAUUACAAUGUCUCUGUUGACUGCUGCAAAAGCCAAAUCUCCGGAUAUGGGUUAUACUCCUGAUUUUGUAUUGACUGCAAUGGGUCCUUAUAUUAAUGACAUUCACAGGAAAGGUGUUCGUGUCAUUAGUAAUGCUGGUGGAAUGAAUCCACUUGCAUGUGCUGCUUGUCUUCAAGCGAUGGCAAAGAAAGCAAAUGCUGAUUUGAAAAUAGCUGUUGUUGCUGGAGAUGAUCUGAUGGACGAGAAAGACAACCUAAAAGGAGCUGGUAUCACAGAUAUGGAGAAUGGGAAGCCAUUUCCAGAGAAUGUUCACAGCAUGAAUGCAUACCUUGGAGCAAGACCAAUAAGCAGGGCACUUGACCUUGGAGCUGAUAUUGUUGUGACUGGUAGAUGUGUUGACAGUGGCAUUGUAUUAGGACCACUCAUUCAUUCUUUUGGCUGGAACAGAGAUGAGUUUGACUUAUUAGCAGCUGGGAGUCUUGCAGGCCAUCUCAUUGAAUGUGGUGCUCAGUGUACGGGUGGAAUAUUCACAGACUGGCAUACUGUUCCAGACUGGCACAACAUGGGGUUUCCCAUAGUAGAAUGUUCUUCUGAUGGACAUUUUACUCUAUCCAAACCACCUGAUACAGGGGGCCUAAUCUCUUUUGGCACGGUGGCUGAACAGUUGGUAUAUGAAAUUGGCAAUCCUCAGCGUUAUCUCUUGCCAGACGUUACAUGUGACUUUUCUCAAGUUUCCAUUACUGAAAUUCCAGGUAUUGAAGGUGGGGCAGUGAAAAUUCAUGGAGCAAAAGGAUCACCUCCUUCAACAUUUUAUAAGGUAAAUGCCACUUACCUGGAUGGUUUUAGAGCUACAGCUGUCUGCACAGUGGUAGGGCCAAAAGCAGUAGAAAAAGGAAGACGAACUGCAGAAAGCAUUCUGAAAAGGACUCGCCUUAUUUUCAGUCAGCUUGGGUAUGAAGACUACUGUUCAGUUAACAUACAGCUCUUAGGUUCUGAAGAAACAUAUGGACCCCAUGCUAAAAAGAAAACAGAUGAUGGUCUACGGGAAGCUGUUAUCUGGCUUGCUGUACACCAUAAGCAGAAAACGGCUGUGGAAAUCUUCUCCAGAGAGAUUGCACCAGCUGGAACUGGAAUGGCACCUGGUCUUACUGCAGUUGUGGGAGGACGUCCGAGAGUGUCUUCAGUUCUGAAACCAUUUUUCUUCCUUUAUCCCAAAAGAAAUGUCAAGAUCAACAUUUUUUUGAAUGGGCAGCAUGUUGAAACAUUUCAGGAAGAUCUUACAUUUACAUCAGAUGAAAUUGUUUCAGUUGAUUCACCAAAGAAUGAUGAAUUAAAAGAUCUGCCAUGUGGUCCUCAUACAUAUCGUUUAGAAGAUCUUGCUUAUACUAGAAGUGGAGACAAGGGCAACUCUGCAAACAUAGGUGUGAUAGCAAGACAUCCCCUCUACUAUCCAUACCUAAAGAAAACUUUAACUGCUCAGGCUCUAGAGGAUUAUUUCCAGCAUCUUUUAGAGAGAGAACAACCUCAAGAGAAGUUAGUCACAAGAUAUGAAUUGCCAGGAAUACAUGGAUUAAACUUUGUUCUGAAAAAUUCCCUUGGUGGUGGCGGUAUUGCAUCCUUAAGGAGUGACCCACAGGGCAAGGCAUUUGGACAGAUGUUACUGGAUUUUCAGAUAAAAAAUGUUCCAGAUUUAAAGUCAUUAAUAGAGUAAUGAUUUGGAGGUUCAUUGAUAUUUAAAACUCUGAAUACAAACAGACAUACUAAACAAAAAAAACCUGGCUUCUUGAAUCACAUUCAAGAAACUGCAGAAUAAAGUGGUGGUGACAAUUAUUAUUGUGAGGCACAGAUAAUGAACUUUGUGAAUAUUACCAGACAAGUAGUUUUGUUUGUGAUUGAUUAUAUUUCUAUCAAGUUAGUACAUUGGAUAAAGAGUUAAUUUAUUUCCUGUAAAAUAUAAUUAAGCAAUGAUAUACAAAAUAAUAAUUUUACUGUGAGAUAGGCAGACAACCACUCUCCUCAAAUGAAAACUACAUUUCUAGUCCAUCCUCCUCUCUGUCCUUAUUAAUUAAGAGGAAUAAUGUUGUUAAACUUUAACUGCUCAAAUCCACCACCUUCAGUCUGCACUGUGAUCUUGCACAGCAUAUCCCUUAAGCACAAAGACAGUCAGGUAACUUGUGCUUGUCUGUUGGAAAAAAUCACAGUUUAGCAACAACUGUCAAACUAUGGU